CAGCAAACUCUGAGUGCACGCACAGCCGUUAAUCUUCCACCUGCGGGCGUACAGUCUCGUCUCGCUCUCUUCUCCUGGACUCUUCCUGCUCUGCCGCGACCUGUUUCCUGAAAUCUAUCGGCGGCCUGACUGAUUCUGUGGGCGUGGGCAUUUGUUUGUGCAUACAGCUCUACUGCUGCUUCUUCUGAACCAUCACCUCUCUCUCGCGUUCUUCUCUCUUCCAUCCCCAUCCCAGAUCGCUAUCUUCCCCUCCUGAAUCGCGUCACCGGCAAUGCCCCCGUCCCCGCCCUCGUCCUCGACCGGCCUCUCGACCCCGUUCUCGUAUCACAUCUACCCCGGCAUCAGCCAGCCAUCGACCUCCGCGCACGCCAUGUCCCAACAACCCCUGCCCCCGACCCAGCAGCCGGCGUACUACCACCCACAGCAACAACCGCCGCCGCCGCCGCAAGAUCAGCAAUACCCGCUCCCCUCACAUAAACAGUAUCUCCUGCCGCAGUCGCAGCAGCACCCUUACUCCCCGCAGGGCACGCCGCCACCGCAGCCGUAUGCACCCUACGGCAGUUAUUCACAGCAGCAGCCGCCGCAGCAGCACGCGGCCAUGGCGGCACGACCUGUGUUUGACGAUCCGAAGGAACCGUAUAUCUACACGCUCAAAGUGGUGCAGCAGCCCAUCCGUGCCCGCAUGUGCGGAUUUGGCGAUAAAGACCGACGCCCAAUCACACCUCCACCUUGCAUCCAGCUCAUAAUCACGGACAAAGCCACGGGCCGCGAAGCCGACAUCGCAAAACUAGACGUCUCGUUCUUCGCCCUGACGGUCGAGCUCUGGUCUGUCGACGAGACCACAAACCUCUCCAUCGUCUCGACCCUGCCGCUCUCGAGCGGGAGCGGCGCGGGGCCCCAGCGACCGUCGUAUAACAAUAUGUCGCCGCCGCCGCAGUCGCAUCAUGCCUCACAAGUGACGAUGCACGGCGGCCAGCGCGUGCCGACGCCGACGUUUGUGGCGCCGCCGAUAAAGAAUCUGAUUGGCAGCGUUGUGGCGACCGCGUUCAAGCUGCACGAUCCGCAGGGAAAUCUGGGGGUCUGGUUUAUCUUGCAGGAUCUGUCGGUGCGCACCGAGGGAGAGUUCAAGUUAAAGGCGUCGUUUGUUAAUCUCGGGUCUCCGCUCGUCGCGCCCGGACAGACGAACGAGCUCGGCCGCGCGCCCGCGCAUACGUCAUCCUCGCUCGCGCAGAUGCACUACCAGCCAGAGCAAGACUCGAGCUUGCACAACGGGCAGCCGGUGAUGGUUGUGAACACCGGCACGGCAAACAUCCAAGCCACGUGCUUCUCGCAGCCGUUCAAGGUCUACAUUGCCAAGAAGUUCCCGGGCGUGAUUGAGAGCACGGAUCUGAGCAGGUGCUUUGCGAUGCAGGGGAUCAAGAUUCCGAUCCGGAAAGAUCAAAAGAAGAACGGGAAUAGCAAUGGGAAUGGGAGUGCGGGUGCUGGGGGGAAUGAUAACAAAGAUUCUGUCUAAGGCGUGUAUGAUUUGAUUGUUUUUUUUUUCUAUUUAUUUUAUCUUUUUAUAUUCUUUUUCUUCUUUACUACGAUACGUUUCUUAAUCUUGUUUGUUCUUGUUGUUUUCUAGUAUUGUCAUUAUUAUUAUCUUAUCUCUUUUCCCUUCUCUUCUCCAUAAGCAAAGGAGACCCGAGCUCGAGCUCGAGCUCAUCGAUUGCAGGCAGCUCUGCGGCUCAGGGUUGGGUGAGUUUAAUCUGAGCAGACGUAAACUUGCUUUUUGCGGCUUGUUGUAGGGUUUUUGCUUCUUACUCUUUUCGGCAGUAGACGUAGUUUUUAAUACUACU